GACUAUCAAAAAAUAUCGACAAUAAACUUGUCGUACAACAAGAGUUUAGAUCAGCACUGACCAAGAAGAAGAUUUUGAGGAAAUCGGAAACAAUUCUAAAGCAAAUUCCUUUUCUUGAAUGGCUUAAGACGGGACAGCGGAGGCAGAGAGACCGCCUACCGCCUCUCUCUCCACUGGCUCGCCCUCUAUCGUCCUGCCAAAUCUCCGAUCAGAUGGAUAGUGAAACUGGUAAUCAACAUAAGCAUGAACGAUCAAGAACAAAAUGGACAGCAUCCCUUGAUAAGAUAUUUGCGGACUUGGUAGUGAAGCAGAUUCAACUGGGAAAUAGACGAAACAAUGUUUUUGACAAGAGAACUUGGAAUCACAUACGUGAUGGGUUCAACAAGCAAACAGAUCUAAAUUUCAAUAACAACCAAUUGAGAAAACACCUAGAUGUACUGCGGACGCGCUUCUAUAAUUUGAAGUCAGCUUUUGUUCAAAAUGACUUUGCUAUGGAAGAUUCUUGCUGCAUUGGAUUUGACCUGUGGGAAGACGUCGGGACACAGCCUAGGCCUGAGACAAUUAAAGUCAAGUACUGUCCCAUAUAUGAGCAAUUAUGCACAAUAUUCACAGAUACAUCAGCUGAUGGAAAGUAUGCCCAAUCAAGUCACUUUGAAGGAUUGGAAAAACUGGUUGGAAAUGAUGCUGCAGGCUUAAGUUCAAAUCCAGUUGGUGGAUCCUCUCAUCCUGAAAAUCCAUCUUCAUCAAGACCAGUGCAAGGAAACUGUUUAACAGCAGAUAAGAUAGUUAAGAAUAUAUCAGAGAAAAAGAGGAAACGGCCUUCUGAGACACAGCCCUCUUCUGGUCAGAAUAAGAAGGAUCAAGAAAUAAAUGAAGCUAUGGCAGAAGCCUUGUUGGAGAUGGUGGCUGCUUCCAGGUGGAGAAAGGCUGCACCAAAGCAAAACAAUGAAAAAUUUACCAUAACUAAUUGCAUUAAAGCACUGGAUGAGAUAGGAGACAUUGAUCAACAGCUGUACUUUGCAGCUUUGGACCUGUUUGAGGAGCCUAACUUGAGAGAGACAUUUAUAUCUUUGAAAGGUAAUCAGAUACGGUUGACUUGGUUGCAGGGGAAGUGUGGUAAAUCCACCAUUUUCUUGUAGGUUAAGGGAGAGGUUGUGGCCUUUUUAAUCCCCAGAGGUGUAAACAUCAUAUUUAGUUACUCUAUCUUAUUUUUGGCAAACAAGGUCUUUUAAGUCGGGGGUUUAACCAAUACCAGAAACUAGGUCUAUACAAGCGUGUAAAAUUGUGAUUACUUGACGAAUAGGCAAUCAAAGUUGUUUAUUGUUGAAGUGAUUUCAGGCCUGAUAACAUCAAGAUAAGACACUGCAUGCUGUGUGGCUCUUUUCGAGGCAGUUGUACCAUUUAGGUGAUACUUUGAAAUGUUCUGAACACGAACCGAAAUAUACAUCGCUAUUAAGAAUCUUAACUGUAGCAAGGUCCUCAGGCUAAGGGCAGUGCCAGGGGAAACCCUUCUUCCCAUAUAAGACAAAGUUAUGUUUUCUGGUCGUGAUCUGAAUGAAAUUCAUGAUGCAGCGUCAAAAUGAUCAAGAUACGUCCUGCUAAUUGUUAUAGACAACAAAUUAGUUGGGCAGAGAAUAGAAACCAUUAUGGCCACAUGGAUUGCCUUGAUGGUCGAAUGUAUUUCCCAAAUGCAAUUCAUCUGAAAGCAAUUAAAUUAAAUACUAUUUUCUUUCUUUCCUUAUU